AUGUACAGGCUAGACUGCUUUUAUCCUGAAGAGGAGAACCCUGGCACCGUGGGUCAAUAUGGCCAAAUCGGAUUCCCGCCAAUGACGGUGCCAAGAUCCACUAUUUUGCCUCCCGAUUUGGUUAUACAUGAUCGGGAAACAAGAUCCGAGACGGAAAUGGCAGACAUAAUAUUCCGUCGAAUGUCGUGUCUGGAUUUCGAGCUUCCACUUCCAACUUCACCUCAACCCUUCUAG